CACGACAUUGCGAACUAAGACCCAAAAUUGAAAUUUUGCGAGUAAUCUUUAAUGACCAAAGACGGAGGCAAUAGUAGUGUCAUAAUCAUUAUACAGUACCAAUAAGAUGAGUGAACAGAAUUGGAGAAAUCUCUCCAACGAGUUAAAGCGUCGUGCCGAACAAGCCAGAACCAAUGGAAGUGGAUCUCCUAGAUCUCCUCUUAGACUCUUUACCGGAAUUGGAGGACUUUUAGUUCUUGGAGGGGUAUCAAUGUUUGCUCAAAAUGCAUUAUUUAAUGUUGAUGGUGGUCAAAGAGCUAUAAUAUAUUCACGUAUUGGAGGUGUUCAACCAACCAUUUAUCCAGAAGGUACUCAUCUUGUUUUACCAUGGUUUCAAAGACCUAUUGUUUAUGAUGUAAGAGCUAAACCAAGAAAUGUUGCUUCAUUAACUGGUACAAAAGAUUUACAAAUGGUUAAUAUUACUUGUAGAGUAUUAUUUAAACCAGAUAUUCAACAAUUACCUAAUAUAUAUAGAACUUUAGGUAGAGAUUAUGAUGAAAAAGUUUUACCAUCAAUUGUUAAUGAAGUACUUAAAUCAGUUGUUGCUCAAUUUAAUGCAUCUCAAUUAAUUACUCAAAGAGAAAAGGUUUCAAGAUUAGUUAAAGAAAAUUUAAUUCGUCGUGCUAGUAAAUUUAAUAUUUUAUUAGAUGAUGUUUCAUUAACAUUUAUGACAUUCUCUCCAGAAUUUAGUGCUGCAGUUGAAGCUAAACAAAUUGCUCAACAAGAUGCUCAAAGAGCAGCUUUUGUAGUUGAUAAAGCUAUUCAAGAAAAGCAACAAUUAGUUGUUAAAGCAUCUGGUGAAGCUAAAUCAGCUGAAUUAAUCGGUGAAGCUAUUAAGAAAUCUAAAGAUUAUGUUGAAUUAAAGAGAUUAGAUACUGCUAAAGAAAUUGCCACUAUUUUAGCUUCAUCUCCAAACAGAAUCUUAUUAGAUAAUGAUACUUUAUUAUUAAACACUGUGACUGAUUCACGUAAAUAAGUGAUUUACAAAACCACAUGAAAAAUCCAUUUGUACAUAGUAUAUAAAACUCAA